AUGACAAUCGCAACUCUAGCCAACACGUCGGAGGCCCCUGCCUACCAUGUUCUCAACAAGAUCAUGGAGUUUCCCAACGAGGACCAGAGACUCUGGUGGCACAGCACGGCACCGAUGUUUGCGCAAAUGCUCCAGUUCGCCAAAUAUGACUCUCACUCUCAGUAUCUGCACCUCACCACGUAUAAGAAGUACGUGAUUCCAUUCCUCGGAGUCUACCCCAGGAAUGAUAAGGCACGCUGGCUGAGCAUCCUGACACGAUACGGUACGCCUUUUGAACUGAGUCUCAACUGCUCCGGGCCUCUGGUCAGAUAUACAUUUGAGCCCAUCAACGCCGCCACGGGAACUCCUCAGGACCCAUUCAAUACCCACGCCAUCUGGCAGAGCCUUGAACAGCUUGGAUUGUGUGAAAAAACAAUUUCCCUCGAGUGGUUCAAUCACUUCAAAGCCGAUCUCACUCUGAACAGCGCAGAGUCUUCCCUUCUCGAGAAGACUGGUCUGUAUCAAGACCAGAUCAAGACACAAAACAAGCUAGCUCUGGAUCUGGACAGUAUCGGCGGGUUUUCCCUCAAGGUAUAUAUCUAUCCAGCUCUCAAGUCCUUGGCCACCGGGAAAUCCAUUCACGAGUUGAUGUUCAGCUCCGUCUACCACCUGGCCAAACAGUAUCCGGGAAUUAUGGACCCGGUCACCACUCUGGAAGACUACAUCAAGUCUCGGGGUCCACAAUCAACGGCCACUCCCCGUCUGUUCUCGACAGACCUAGUUGAUCCCACACGGUCUCGAAUCAAAAUCUACCUUUUGGAACGCAUGGUUUCUUUGGAGGCCAUGGAGGAGCUGUGGACACUGGGUGGCCGGCGACAAUGCAAAUCUACACUGGCAGGAUUGGAAAUGAUUCGCGAGCUCUGGGGGCUGCUCAAACUACCCUCGGGCAUGCAAGCCUAUCCAGCCCCAUACCUUCCUCUAGGAACUAUCCCAGAAGAGCAACUGCCUUUGAUGGCCAAUUACACAAUCCAUCACGACGACCCAAUGCCAGAGCCACAGGUUUACUUCACUACUUUUGGCAUGAAUGACUCGCAGAUUGCAGAUGCAUUGAGCACAUUCUUCGACCGGAGAGGAUGGCAUGACCUGGCUCGUGGUUACAAAAAUUCUCUGCAUUCGUACUACCCGAAUGAAGAUCACGACAAGGUGAAUUAUCUUCAUGCAUACGUCUCAUUCUCUUUCCGCCGUGAGAGACCUUACAUUAGCGUGUACCUCCAAAGCUUUGAGACAGGGAACUGGGUGACCUGUGAGUAUACUCCUUUCUUCUUGCCAUGUACAAAAUAUGCAUUGGUUGCUGAACACAUUCUAGCGGACAUUCCAAUUGACGAGAAGAUAGAAUCAAUUUAG